CAGCAUCGUAAGCCUGAUGUAUCGAGGUUAGAAUCGACCUUACAAUCAACCAAACAAGAUCUGAAUGAAUUUAGACUGCGUCUGAAGCUAAUAUAAAAAAGAGGCAUCAAGAUCGAUCAAGAUUGAACAAUUAAAUACAAUUUUAUCGAAGACUAGAAAAAUAAUAUAACGUUACAAAAAUAGUAUAACGUUACAUUAAACAUGCAGAGAUAGAUUUGCUAAACAACUUUUAAGUCAGAAGCACUUUCCAGUUAAAAGAGAGGAAAAAAUGAUUCACGGGUGCAGCAGGCUCUGCGUAAGUGGCUUGAAGCUAUCAGCGCAGCGUCUCCUGCCAUCGAGAUGCGCCAGUACAAUGUCCAAGGUAGAGGCGAGGAAGCGGAGGAGUCAGCUGUUCGACGAGGAGAAGCAAAGGCAGCGAUCCGAGCUGGGCAGGAUCGAGAAGAUAGAAGUGACAUACAAGUCGGUGGAGGACGAUGUAGUGAUGGUGAUGAACCGUAAUAUUUCCACGCCGUACGACUGCGCCAGGCACAUCUCCGAGAACGUCGCCAAGACGGCUGCCAUUGCUCUGGUAGACGGUCGUGUCUGGGAUAUGCACAGGCCAUUCACUGGCAAGUGCGAACUGGAGCUGGUAACUAUGCAGAGUCCAAAGACGGGAGUGGUCAAUUAUGCCUUUUGGCGCACGUGUUCGAUGAUACUGGGUGCCGUGGCGGACAGCGCGUUCAAGGACCACGUGGACGUGCACUUGCACAGCUUCCCUGUACCACAAAUCCAUUCUGGAAGCUUCAUCUACGACGUGUUCAUCGAUCUACCGAACUGGCGACCGACCGAUUCCGAGCUGCGCGCCAUGUCCGCGCUUUUCAUCAAGCUGACAAAUCAGGAACUGCUGCUGGAGAGACUAGAGGUGCCGUGUGACGUCGCAUUACAUAUGUUUCAGGAUAAUCCCUUCAAGUCUCAGCAAAUACCUAAUAUCGCCAAGAACAGCGACAACGACAGAGUGACGUUGUACCGUCUGGGAGAUUAUGUGGACAUCAGUAAAGGUCCCAUGGUAAGUAGCAGCGGUCUGAUGGGACGCGUCACCGUGUCAGCCGUGCACAAACUCGCGGACGGGCCCGUGGACGGGCUGUAUCGUUUCCAGGGCAUCGCCCUGCCCAAGGGUAUUCUGCUCAAUCACUUCGCCUUUUCUAUCCUGGAGAAACGCGCCAAGAAACUUAACACCGCCAUGUGGCAGCCUCAUAUCGAGGGUGAGAUGAUCAACGUGACAGCGUCCAUGAACUAGUGAUCAGCAAUUGAAGAAGAUCCUCGUGUAAAUAAGUCAUCUUUUAGUCAUGUAUCUUUUUGAAUGCAUCGUUGUUUGUCUGAUUACUUUUGUUGCGUUUCCAUGGAUCAAAGAUAGAUCACAACUAGAGAUCCUAGAAAUAGAAGGAACUAUUUCGAUAGGAAAAGAGUUUAUACGAUUUUUUGACGUCAAACAAUAUAAUUACAGUAAGCGAUAGAUACUCAA